AUGGUGGAGAAAUUUGAGAAAGAAAUUCACCAACUCGAUCAUCCCGAUCACCAUCAUGGAGGCGAGAAGCCACGUGAAGGCCUCUCACAGCACGAAAUCGACACCAUCGGUGGUCUCAAAACCGUCGAGAUCGGCCUCUCUGCUGAUGAGGUCAUUGUUGAGCUCGACCCGGCAGAGCAGACCCGGAUCCUGAGGAAAGUUGACUACCGCCUGGUGCCGCUUCUGGCCCUUCUGUAUCUUCUUGCCUUCAUCGAUCGCGGCAACAUCGGAAAUGCGAAAAUUGCCGGCCUUUACGAGGACCUCAAGCUUCAUGGCAUGCAGUACAACGUUGCCCUGACUUUGUUCUUCGUUCCCUAUGCGUUCUUUGAAGUGCCUAGCAAUAUCCAUCUUGGAGACGCUGGAAUCAUAAGACCCUCUAUCUGGAUCUCGAUCCUGAUGUUUAGCUGGGGUACCGUCAUGACUCUCAUGGGCCUCAUCUCAACUUAUCAAGGACUCCUGAUCACUCGGUUUUUCCUUGGUGUCGCCGAGGCGGGCUUUUCCCCUGCCGCGACCUAUCUCUUGACCAUCUGGUACAAGAGAUAUGAGGUGAUGCGAAGAAUGGCCGUCUUCUACGCCUCAGCCUCCCUGUCUGGUGCCUUCUCGGGCUUGCUGGCUUAUGGGAUCCAGCAUAUGGAUGGAAUCUCGGGUGUCCCUGGGUGGAAAUGGAUCUUCAUCCUGGAAGGUCUUGCCCCCGUGGCUCUAUCGUUCAUCGUGUGGUACCUGCUUCCAGACAAUCCAGAGACAGCGAGGUUCCUUACCAAGCACGAGAAGGAGUUCAUCAUCAACCGGCUCGCCCUUGAGACCGGCUCCGGACACGGCCGGGUCACAAACAGUGAUCGAAUCCAAUUCAAAUACAUCAAAGCUGCCUUUAGUGACUGGCGGAUCUACGCCGGUGUGGUUAUCUUCUGGGCUAAUACCAUUGGUGUUUAUGGGUUUACCGCUACCGUGCCGUCGGUCAUCGAGGACCUCGGAUAUUCGUCAGCGAACGCCCAGCUGCUAACAAAUCCGAUUUAUGUCUUUGCCAUGAUCAUUACCUUGAUCUUCGCCUUCAUGUCCGACAAGUUUGAACAACGGACGCCGUUCAUCAUGGCUGGUUAUAGUAUCGCGGUUGUGGGCUUCAUUGGGGAGCUCGCAAUCCCUCACCCUCGGCUACCAGGCGUUACAUACUUCUUCCUUUUUCUUGUGGCCGCUGGUCUCUACUCACCUUUUGUUCCCCUUGUCUGCCUGAUUGGCAAUAAUCUGGCUCCAAGCUCGAAACGUGCGGUAGGUAUGGCGCUGCUGAUCUCACUGGGCAACACCGGAGGCAUUUGCGGAAGCAACAUCUAUAUCGCUUCAGAAGCCCCCAAGUAUCCCGCCGGGUUUGGCACUGGCUUGGGUAUCUGCUGCGCCGCGAUCAUUAUGGCAUUCGUUCUGCGCAAGGUCUAUCGACGAGAGAACGCCAAGAGAGAUGCAUACAUGCAAGGAAAGACGGAUGCAGAGGUCAGAGCUCAAUAUACUGAGCAGGAGUUGUUGGAUCUAGGAGAUAGGAGCCCCUUCUUCCGAUAUACUGUGUGA